UUACGGUAGUGGAGCGGUCUACUGUAGCUGUUUCAUGUAAAUUACGGUAAAUGUGUGGGUUUUCUGUCGGAUUCUCUGAUGUGUUUGCUAAACCAAAGCAAAGCGAUGUAAAUAUAUGAGCCACAAGCCUUUCACUUACAGACCGAACACCAAGGAGAUACAGAGAAGGCAUUGGGAUAGCUUGCUGUAAGCCUGGUCUCUGGAGUGCUGGUCAGCAGCGACAUACAUGGCUACCAAACCUCACCCCCCCUUGAUGAAGAAGCACAGCCAGACGGACCUGGUCAGCCGCCUGAAAACCCGCAAAAUCCUGGGAGUAGGAGGAGAAGACGAUGAUGGAGAAGUACACAGGUCUAAGAUCAGUCAAGUCCUGGGAAAUGAAAUAAAAUUUGCAGUUCGUGAACCUUUGGGUCUCAGGGUUUGGCUGCUUGUUUCAGCAGUAUUGUUCACAGCUGUGGCUUUAAUGGCUCUCACAUUCCCCAACCAGCUGUAUGAUGCGGUGUUUGACGAGGAGCUGUCUGGCACAAAGAUUUCAAUUAGACUGUACGGAGGUGCACUUCUCAGUAUCUCACUAAUCAUGUGGAAUGGGCUGUACACAGCCGAGAAGGCGAUUAUUCAGUGGACGCUGUUGACAGAGGCCUGCUAUUUCGGGGUGCAGUUUUUAGUGACAGCCAUCACUCUGGUGGAGAAUGGGUCGGUGUCUAACGGCGCGAUCCUCCUCCUCCUCAGUCGAGUUCUCUCCAUUGUCAUCAGCCUUGCUUACUACCACCACCUGGGGCGCCGGGCCAAGAAGAUCUGAGAGGACCUUCGGGGGCGGGUGGAGGGAGGGCCUCACCCCCUUCUUGCGAGGGGUCCUGGUGCAGCACACAACCCUCACAUCCCCAGCCCCACGAUCUAAAUACAGCCCCCCAUCGGGACCUGGGAAGGCCAGCUUCUACCAACGAUCUCCAGAGGAGGGCUACUACCUGCCUAUAUAGUUGGUGUAAAUUAAGCCAUUGGACCCAGACUGGGCAGAGACCAGUUCCUCUCUCUGCCACAAAGCUAUGGUAUAGUUAAAUGAUAAAGAGCAAACUAUUGCAGUUUCCUGCAAUGUGUAGAGCACUAAUUUAUAGCGUGUUGCUUUAGCAGUUACUGCAGAGUAGGUGUGGGGUCCUAGGAAAUUAGACAAGUCCUGUGGCUCAGUUUACACCUGGUGUAGAAGUACAUUGUGGGACCAGGAUAAAAUAAUUGUUCUUAAAUAUGCUGGCAUAGUAAUUUUAAAUCAUUCAGUAUUGAUUGUGUACUUUAUGCAGUGUAGGUUGGCAUUUAUUGUACACAGUUUCUGAGAACAUCACUUUCUGUUUCUCACUAGACAAAGUGUGAUUGAAGGAAUUCUGCUUUUUUUGCUGAUGUUGUAUUUUUCACUUCUGUAUAUUAAAAUGACAUGCUUAUCCUGUCUUAUUUAUUUAGUGAAAACUGGAACAGCUACUCUGGUAUAGCAUCCCAAUUCUGGAGUUUCAAAGAACAUACAGAGGCUGUUCCACUGUAAACGUGUUCAAAACAAUUUACAAUAGGAAAGAUCCAGGGCAAAUGUAUAAAACUAGGUUCCGAAUUGUUCAAAGAGUACUCAUCAUAAAUACAGCUAUGGAAAUACAGAAAGUCUUGGAUUGUAAUUGGUUCUGAACUGCUCUAAAAAUGUAGUGUACAAUCUGUUUAAUUUACUGCAGUGACCCCAUUGAAUUGACAGUAGGCUGUUUGGGGAGUGUCUAAAUUGUGAAAACUGACGGCUGUGUAACAUUAACAUUUACAUAUUUAGAGUGUCUUUAACCUUGGAUAAUAUCAGCUCUGAUUCUUCCCGAUUCUGGACAUUAACAGUUUUGCCUGUGGAGGGGUCUGUUAUUCAAAGAAUUUAUUUCUCUGUAUACAAUUUGAAAGGAGUGACAGCUUUAAAAAUCUUUGGCGGCUAUAAACCGUGAGUGAACACAGAAGUGUGUUUGAAAUAGCUGUUUAUGUGCUGUAUCUACUUCUAUUUACUUUAAAUGGAAUUUAAGUCUGAACCAGAAAACGGGGAAAAAUGGCCAAUUUAGUCUGGGGGGUUUUGGCAAAAAGGAAGACAAUGACAAACUUUCUAUUGUGAGGAUGGCUGAAUGACAUGCAGUGGAGGGUAAUAUAAACUGGUAAAGCUGUUUUCACAAAAAUAAAGCAAUUAAAAAAACUGCUAAAUGCUAAUCACGAAUCACUACUUUUAAAGUACAGACCCAUAAUGUGCAUGCUUCAGAUAACCACAGAGGUCUGCCUACAAUUUUAAGUUUGGUGUGUUACAACAUCGUGUUAUGUGCUUAACCAUAACAUAACUUAUCUAUCACUGUACAGCAUAUAAACUUAUUGCAUAGCAGAUGGCUGGUGCAUUUCAUUAAAAUAUCUUCAUUUGCUUCACUUGAUUUUUACAAGAUACAUGUAGCAGAAUUUAAAAACAAAACAUAUCCUCAGACUUGCCUUAAAUCUGAAAAAGAGAACAGCACAAAGCUCAGUUCGACAGUUCUUCAUUAGAAUGUACAUAAGGUUUUCUUUGCCACGGUGGUACUUUUAUUUGUAUAGACCAGACUUCAAAUUGUUUUGUUGUGCUUCGACUUUAUGAGCUGAAAACGAGCACGUUUAUGGGUGGCCAAAGCAAAAAAAUGAGUCUUUCCAGUUGUUACCCUAGUGUAGUCACGUGAUUGAACGGACUUUUUGCUUGGCAGCAAUGUCUUGUUUUUGCAUUUAAGCUUUUUGAGAUUCUGUAAUAGCUUCGUUUAUUUCACCAACCAUUUUCUUUUCUUGAUUAUAGUAUUUUGUAGCAAAAGUUUGUUCCUGCUGUUUUUUUACUGAGCAUUUCAUCCUCCUAAUCCCAUGGCAUCCACACUGUAAUAUUCACAAUUGUAUUGCCUGUCUCCUGCAAAUUAACCCAGUUUAUAUAAAAUACACCUGGGGCUACAAGGACAGAUCUGUCUGUUAAAGACACACUUUUUCAGGUAUGUAAUGAAUGGUUAGUAACUAAAAGAAGUUGUGCAAAAGAUUAUUGAUUUUUAGAAACAGUUUGUUGGAAAACUAAUUUUAUUUCUUAGUGUGUGUGUGUGGUGUAGACUUAUUAUACAUAUGUGGGUGUUUAUAUUUGAAAUGCUGAUAGUAUUGCCAUGUUUUGUUUUUUAGCUACCGCUGUUCUGAAAUGCUGCAAUCUUCCCCGGGCUGGUUUGUAUCAACAGUCUUCCCAAACAGUUUUAGUUCCCUAAACCUAAGUUGAAGAGCCAAACUAUGUUAUCCAGACUUUAAGCUUUUACCCCAUUUUACAUGGUGUGGUUUCAUACUGAAAAGACAGAGGUCUCAUCAAAAACGAGAACUGCAGGUUUUGUUCAGUUAUAUCCUGGAUGUUGGUAGAAUCAACAGACUAGUUUUUGUAAAUUACGGGUAGAGAAGUGUCCUUAUCUUUUGUUUUUGUUUUUUAAAAGUGAUCUACAAUACGUAUCCAGGCAGGAAAAGAGCAUUCUUGUGGCAUUAGUUGGUUUCAUGUGCUUUCUGCUUCUAGAGCUUUUAUCUUUCUUAUUAAACUAGUGCAUUUUGAUUUUCAUGUGGGUAGGACUGCAAAUGUGACAAAAUGGUUAACAGUUUAGAAGGAAGAAGAGGGUUUUUUUUCCUGGAAAUGCUGUGUCAAAUGCACUCUCCUCUGUAGCAUGUUCCUUCCAGUUUUAAAACAUAAUGCCAGUAAAGGCUUUGUAUUUAUUUUUUAGUGUGCAGAACUAUGGUUGGUGUAGUGUACUGGUAGACACCUGUACUCUAACCACAUAGACAUAAUGAAAUAGCUUAAGCAUCCGGAGUUAAGCCUAUUUGUUCCUUAUUAAAAUUGCACAUUUUUAUUACUGGUCCUUAUUCAUUUGUUUCAAAAGUUCUAAUUUUUUCUACAAUUUUUUGUUAUAUUCUGAUGGUAAAUUGCAACUAUAUUAUACAGUAGUAGAAAAAAAUAAAGCCAUCUCAGUGAAGCAAUCUCAUGCUGGGUUAGUAAUCUGUUUGUGUUAUGGGCUGUUUCAUUUAACGUAGCAGAAGCUAUGUUAAUUGAAGAGGAGCUUUGCGUGACUAGCUGUUUGACGGGGUUGACGGAGAAUAUUGAACAGUUAUGAUGAGUGUCUAGAUCUGUAAGAAUUAGGAAACUGUCUGUGCUUGCUGAGUUGUGCAGUUAUUCUCAUUUGUAAGAAAAGACAUACUGCUUCUUAACCGUUGUUUCCCAGCAGUGUUCAAAUUGCUGUCAUUAUCAUCUUUGCAGUGUUAAUUUAAAGAAAUGCAUGAUUCAGUAUGUCUGACAUACUGUUGUAUAUUGUGCUGCUGUAUUAGAACUGUCAUUUUGUACCUUAGCAUUAUAAUUGCAGUGUAUUCUGAAUUUUCUGGAAAAAUUACCCCAUUUUAUAAAAUAAUUUUAGUGCAGAGGUCAAUUCCUUUCAUGGGUAUACUUGGGUAUAUUUCAUGGGGUUGGGUUAGAAUUUUUUUUUGUGUCUUAAACAUUCGUGAAGAAA